UGGACAAAAAAUUGGAGAUGCACAAAGAAAGUCCCUUAUCUUAAAAGACUUUUUGCAACAUAGACUUAAUGCAACAAUUUUGAUUGGGCCUUAAAGAAAGUUACCCAAAAUUUCAAAGAGAUGUUUAUUCUAUGCAUCCUAGAUCCAUCAACCUUCCACCCAAUGGGUUUUGGAAAAAACAAGUUCUCCAUUCAUGGGACUGAAAAUAACAGCUAAGAAUGUGCGUCAACAGCAAUCUUAAAAUUUUCUUUACCAUGUUUCUCCGCUCUUGUAAUUGCCACACUUCCGGUCUCCAAAGAGCAACAUAAAUUUCAGUAAGCAUGUUCUUGUUUGGUCCUUUUCCUCCUCUUUCAUUUCCCUGAGGUUCCAAUCUUUUUUACUAUUUUCUUUUUUGUCUUUUUGGAGUUCAAGGGUGAUGUGUAUGUUCGUUGUUUUCCUCUAUGUGUGGGUUGGAUUGAGUCUCUAGAGAGUCAGAGACAAAUACCUUAGAAAAUGAGUUGGGUUCAUUCUCAAAUCUGCCAUAGCAGUGAUGCUAUCAACAACCCCACUAGUAUUUCCCCAUCUUCUUGUUCUUCUUCUGCACCAUUGUCUUACAGUUCUGAGUACAAGAAACAACUGCCCCCUCCUCUAUCUUCUUCAUCUGGCACUAGAAUAAGCCCUGCAAUUGUUUUCAUAUUUGUCAUUCUAGCUAUUGUGUUUUUCAUCUCUGGUCUCCUUCACUUGCUUGUUAGAUUCCUUAUAAGGCACAUGUCCUCUUCGUCAAUUUCCCAGUCCAAUAGGUACCCUGACAUGUCGGAAUCUGAUCCUUACCAGAGGCAGUUACAGCAGCUCUUCCAUCUCCAUGAUUCAGGCCUAGAUCAGGCCUUCAUAGAUGCUCUCCCAGUUUUCAUAUACAAAGACAUAAUAGGUUUGAAGGAGCCUUUUGAUUGUGCAGUGUGCCUUUGCCAGUUCUCAGAACAAGACAUGCUGAGGUUGUUGCCCCUUUGCAACCAUGCUUUUCACAUUGAUUGCAUAGACACAUGGCUGCUCUCAAAUUCAACUUGCCCUCUCUGCCGGGGGAGUCUUUAUGAGCCAGGCUUUGACUUUGAAAACCCAGUUUAUGAUUUUGAGGGUCUGAUGGAGGAAGAUGGGGUUUCAGGCAGUGUUGCUGCAGAGGCUGGUUCCUUCAACAAACAUGCAGAAAAUCACAUAAUGAGUGGGAAAAGGGUGUUUUCUGUGAGGCUUGGGAAGUUUAGAAGCUCAAAUAAUGGAGAGGGGGUAGAAAGAGGAGGAGGAGGGGAAAGCAGUACAAGUAACUUGGAUGUUAGGAGAUGCUAUUCAAUGGGGUCCUUCCAAUAUGUUGUUGCUGAUUCAGACUUGCAAGUGGCUUUGUGCCCCAAUAAAGGUGAUGGUGGCAGUGUGAGACAAUUCAAAGGCAGAUUGGACCACUGUGGGAAUUCUUCCACUGAAGGGGAUGUUGAGGGCAAGAAAAUCAACAUUGCAAGGAAAGGUGAAAGCUUUUCUGUUUCCAAGAUCUGGCAAUGGUCUAGGAAGGACAAGGUAUCAAGUUCGCAACAAAACCAUUUGGGUGGUUCUUAUGUCAGUGCAGCUUUGCCAUGGAUGAAUAGAGCUCAAGAAGCUGUCCUUUUUGGUGGGUUUAACAUUUGAUUGCCAAGAUGACAAGAUCGGUGAAAAGUGAGGUGGAGACAUUUUCUCAUCAGUUCAGACAUGAUUACAUUUUUUUUCCUGUUAGUGCUCCAAAUACAAUUAUUCCACAUUUGUCGUUUGCAAUUUUGCUAAUCAUUUCAUAUCAAUGCCUAUUUCAUAAUCGAAGUUACUAGUUUUGCUGUUAUUAAUUUUUCUGUUAGUCGUUAACAUUGAUACUAAUUAUUUAUUCUUAUAGUGUAACUUUCCUUUUAACUACGUUCUUGAAGAGAAACUUCAAAGUAGUGAGAAAACUGUCAUAAAAUAUUUGUACCAAGAAAACAUAAAGCAUAAUGCUAUCAAAU